AUGGGAGUAUAAUAGUUGAAAACAAGGUUAAGAGAAUAUAGAGGAAAAGGUUGAGAUCCAUGUGAAAGGGAGAGGGAGAGGAGAAAACUCAAAACGAUUGUGAGAAAGCUAGUUGAGAUAAGAACCCUCACCCCCUGCUUAGGGACUUGCUCCAGCCAAUAGAGAGAUCCUAAGCAGUAAUUAGUUUCAAAAUUAAAUUGCCCAUUUGCAUUUUUUUGUUACUGCUCAAAGCUAAUUGGCUUUUAGGAACUCUCUUCAUUACGCGCUCUCCCUUUCUUAUCCACGUUAUUAGGGAUUUUGUUUGGCUUUGAAGAGCUUCAUCACACAAUAUAUUGGUGACAAUGAAGUUCUUCAACUGGAUGCAAAACAAGUUUAAUGGAAGACUAGGGAACGAGAAGUCGAAUUCAGUUGCUUCUAAACAUCUUCAAAAGCAACCUUCCCAAAGAGAAGAAUUCAAGGACUGGCCUCAUGGACUACUUACAAUCGGGACAUUUGGUAACAAAGAACUCAGAGACAAAGCUGUUAGUUCUGAGAUUCACACUGUCACCGAUGAACAAGAUCAAGAUCAGAAUCCAAGCUCUGCUUCAUCCCCAGACUUGUCCGAAUUCACUCCAGAAGAGUUUGGACAUUUACAAAAGGAAUUGACAAAACUCUUGAAACGAAAACCAGCUAAACAAGAGGAAAACACUGAUCUUCCCCUCGACAGAUUUCUCAACUGCCCUUCCAGCUUGGAAGUCAGCCGGAGGAUUUCAAAUGUUACUUGCAUGGAUCCAGAUUGCAAGGAAGAUGAUAUUGAACGCACCAUUAGUGUUAUCAUCGGUAAAUGUAAAGAAGUCCGAGCAGAAAAGAUAAAAAAUGCGAUUGGGAAAAAGUCUGUCUCUUUCCUUCUUAAAAAGAUGUUUGUUUGUGCUAAUGGGUUCUCAUCUGCUCCUAGUUUGAGGGAUACCUUGCAGGAGUCCAGAAUGGAGAAGCUAUUGCGAACCAUUCUUCAUAAGAAGAUAUACCAGAAAACCUCUUCUCGCACGACAUCGAUGAAGAGGUAUCUUGAAGAUAAACUCAAUGCAGAAAAGAAAAAUGACAACGAAAAGGACAAACCAAGGUCAAGUGAGGCAUGUAAAUGGGACAAGACAGAUUCUGAAUAUAUUGUUCUAGAGAUUUGAUAGCUUAUCAACUCCUAUACAGAUAGUUUUAUUACCAAGAUUUAAAGUAUAUAUAGUAAAGCACAUGCAUGUUUUGGUUCAAUAAGUUGGAUUCGCGGACGAAUGAGUUCAUAUACCUGAAAGGACAAAUUCAAAAUAAGAAGAAAUUAUUGUUGCUUUCAAAAAGAACCCGAAAUUACAUUAAACGAGCAGCGACUUUCUCUAGUGAAACGAGGAAACUUGCCCGGUUUUUUUCAUGGUUGUAUCUGGUGAUGUUCAGAUCAACUCAUGUUAAUUGUUAUGUAUCAUUUUGUAGUUUAAAAUGUCUAGCCAAGGCAUUUGAACUGUUUUUUUCCCUUUCCAAAUGGAAACCUCU